UAGGUGUAUCGUUAUUGUUGUAGAUGAAGUAUUCUCCAUGAUUAUUCGAUCGUUUUCUCUAUACUUGUCAAGAUAUUCUCGCGACGUAUACGACAAAGUUGCAGGGUAUUGAAUAUAGAUCAAAUUUUUUUUCGCGAAUAAGAAUAGAAUUUCGAAAGGAUCAGAUCGUUGAUCGAUCGCGUUUGGAUCAAUGUCAAUGUGGUGGGGUGAUCUAUUUGGGGAGACGCGAUGCGUAACGUACAAGAAUCAGCCAACAAGAUGAGUCGUGAAGCCAGAAAGGUGCAGAAGCAUCUCUCGAAAGGAAACGAGUACCCGAGACUGCUCAAUGUGCUCAUCUGCAAUUGGACCAUCUCUUUAUGCACAUACUAUCUACUUUCGACCUUAGAAAUCGCCGCCGCUGCCGCCGCCGCCGUAACUUGAAUUGAACAAGACGAAGAACGACGCAAAUUUUGCCAUCUCAUUCAAUUUCGAACGGGAUGGCAGCGGAUGAUCCCCUCUGCCAGGAAUCUUUAAUGUCCGUCGAGUUUGAGGUUUUUGGAAAAGUGCAGGGUGUAUAUUUUCCAAAGUACGUGAGAGAUAUAUGCCUACAAUUGAAAAUCUGUGGUUGGGUGAAAAACAGUAAAACUGGCACGAUCAUUGGGAAGAUGCAAGGACCUCGAGCGCUUGUCGAUCAGAUGGCACAAUGGUUGACAUCAGUAGGCAGUCCAGGUAGUGAGAUACAUCAUUGCGAGUUUACAAAUUGGGAAACUGUUACUAAGCAGCAAUAUCAAGGUUUUGUGAUUCGUUUCUAAAAAUACAGCGCACAAGUGAACGUGUUUAAUGCUGCAUUAAACUCUAAUAUUGAUGCAAAUUAAUUGAUUUGCAUGUGGCAUAGGAUAUGUUCAAAAAUUCUAUAAAUCCGAAAUAGUUGCGCGACAAUUGUAUGCAUCAGUAUUUUAUUUUAUUUCGACAGUUUACGUACGAUUCGAUUGAAACACAAUAUUUUAUGUAUUUUCAAUAAAUUAUAGAACCCCUCUAAAAA